CGUGUGUAUCGAAUUGUAAUUAACGCGCUAUUUACAACAAUAAUUCUUAUUGUAAGUGCCUCAUUAACUUCUACAAAGUGAGAUAUCGCAUUUACAUUAAAAAAAUCCAAGAACUAAAACGAAAAACCGGCGUUAAUUUCGACGUGCACCGCAAAGACUAUCAACCAAAGUGCCUUAAGAAACAGAGACGACGAAUAUCCCAAACCCACAAGAGCGAGUGAGACAGCUGUAUUUCUACCUCUGAUAAAUGGAAAUUCUGCACUGUGACGUCAUUAAGCCUGUAAUGAAGAAGCAAUUUGGAACUGUUAAGGGAGAUAUUUGACUAGAAAGAAAUAAACGUUCUGGUGGUACUCGGCUUAAAUUGUUGAAUGGAGCCGUAGCAUCACCCGAAGUGCUUCAUCACCUGGAAUCGACACUAAUCGGUUCAAAAAUCACCAAGAAAAACCCAUGGAGGCGUAUAUCGACGCUCAAUCGUAUCUUAUUGGAAACCGUUUUACCGGAAAAAUCUUCCCUGGGAUAUUUCCUCACAUACAAUACCACCUCUGCCGUUAUAACACCAAUAUGUUAUUGAGGAUCGAAAACGAGCUACUACAGAGUCAUCGUCAAAGAGAAACCACAGGAAUCAAGAAAUUAUACAACUCGUUUUUUGUUCUGUUCUAAUUCCGUUAUUUUUAAAACUGAAACCCAUACAUUCAUUCAUUCAUUUCAUUCAUUUGUUUAUGACUUUUCGUAACGUGGCUAUGUGAUGGAAGUUUCAAGUGACAGAGAUUAUAUUGUGCAUGAAGAGAGGAAAGAAGAUCCAUUUGCUUG